UUAGCAGCGAACGUAGUACAGGUGGAGACCGAAGUUUAAUUUUUCUGUCCCCUUAAGAAAGUGUUUCGGCGGGGUGAAGAGUUGGACAAAAGUUGAAUAUACUAAAAGUUAAGUAAGAAAAAAAAAGAAGAAACGGAAAGUUUCGCGAUUUAUUUUUCAAAGUUGUUGUUCGCCUAUACUGAAAAUGAUGAUCAAAAUAUUGGAAACUUUGUUUGAAAAACUUUUGAAUUAACUUCUUCUUGUCUUUAACUUUUCUUUUUGCUCUCACUCUCAACCAAGUGCAAAGUUAUUUAGUUUGUUGUUUUGCCACCCCAAUAUUGUUUUGUUUGUUGUUUGCCGGGAAUCCUGGGGUACACAACAAAAAAGCCCAAGCCCAAAAACUUGGUGUGUGACUUUGACUUUGUUAUAUCAUCAAUUAACACCUGUGCUUGCCAAUACUUUUUCUGCAACAACCAUCAACUUUGCUGAUUUCAGUGAUUUUUUUUUUCUGUGCAGUGCCAUAUAGGACAUCUUAGCCUUGCCCAAGGCAGAGGCUCAAUUUCUCGCGGUAAUUUUCUGGCCUGGAAGAAAGUGCAAGUGAAGCCAAAGAAAAAUCCAAAUCACGCGACGAAACUUACAAGAAAUCCCAUUAAUAGAGCAAACAAACAAUUAAAUAUUAUUAAUUUUAAUUUACCUAAAUUACUGUUUGUAUUCCUGUGAUUUUUUUUGCCCCAUUUGGUCGUUUUCACAAAUUAUUUUGGUGCACGCCAGAAGCGUAGCGUAAAGACGGAAAGGCUAAUCAUCCGCAUUAGAUCGUGGCCGUUAUUUUUUUGUUGUUCGAUUCUAAAGAAUCGCAUGUCGUCACGUCAACAGUGUCACCUGUAUUUCCUUCCGCCAAAAAGUAUAACAAUAAAAUAGCGACAUAAUCUCAUCCGUAAAACCUAAAUUGAGAACUCAACCCCAGUGUUGAGCUCAACCCAAACGGUUGCCCAAGAAGUGAAGGACGAGUGUUUUGGGUGAAAUGAGACAAACCAGUAAAAGAUUGUGAGUGGGAAAAAAAUCCUAAUUGUCACCACAAUUGAGUCAACAGCGAGCUCUUUUCAUGAAAGAUGAUGAUUGAUCAUCUCCUCAAAAGCUAAUAAAUAUCCCGUGUACAGCAAUGAAAACAAAUAUGGCUCUAGCAAAGCGAAAUAUUGCAUUGAAAGAGGAAUAUCAUGAGCCGUCGGUGAAAAAUGAAAUUGAUUGUGGUGACAAUGGUAAACGCAAGAAGCGUCCAAGUCGUGAAGAAGAGGAGCGUCAAUCAUUUGCUCAGAAGAAGAGGGCAUUAGGAAUAUCACAGCAAGUACCUUUGCGUGGGCUCCAGAAGCAAAAUUCUGAAGAUCAGGAUGAUGAGACGCUCAUACGGGAGACCCAGGCCGCCCUCAAGAGUCUCUCGGGUAGUUGGCCAGAUUCACAGAGAAAUCCCUAUCGAAUGAAUGAUCAGGAUGAGAAUCCCCCGGCGUUCCAAAAUCUCUUUGAGGAGAACCAUCAAGAUCACAAAUUAUCCCCUACGGCACCUCUCCCACCUGCCAAUCACGUUGAUUCCCACGGUGGAAAUCUCAAAGAUGUCAUCACAUUGAGAGAUAAGAAAGCAGACCAGAUUCAGGCGGCUAGACGUCGAAUGGCCAGAGAUGAAGCAGGAGAUGGAAAGACUAGGGACAAAUACUACCCAUCCCCAGACUUCAAUGAGCUUGUCGAUGACUCGUCCAAUGACUUGGAGAUCGACAUGUCAGAAGGUGACAAAGAUGAGCGACAAAGCAAGGUACGCAAUUCAUAUUCAGUACAGCAAAUCAAAGGGUCUUACGGUUCGGCUUCUGCAUUUAAGCCACCGUCGGCAACCAGUGAUAUGAUCCGAAAGAAUGGCACAAUGGCACCCAUUGCCCUCGGACCCUUUCCGGCCGAAGCCACUUUCGUAGGGUACCCCGUAGAGCCACAGCCUAUCCUCCAUCAGGAACACAUACCCACCUUUGUGGAAGAGAAGAUAAAGAAAGAAGAAGACUCAACAAAGUCCGUAGGAUCACCAGAUUCUAAGCAAUAUACGAUCCUACAGCCAGCUGGAGUUGGGUCCAGGGCGGCAUCUGUAAUGCAGGAUAUCGCAAGGGAAGGUGUUGUGUCAGUGGCUGCAGUUAGUAGCACUAGCAGUCCUGGCUUGGUUGGAGUGUCUCCGAAUACGGCAGUUCCAGCAGGUGUUGAGGCCGAAAGGGCUGGACCACCGUCUUUCUCACCGGGCAGUAUUAACAGGGAGGGAAGCAAAUGUCCAACGCCUGGAUGCAAUGGACAGGGUCAUGUUACAGGACUCUAUUCGCAUCACAGAAGCCUGUCUGGAUGCCCAAGAAAGGAUAAAGUUACUCCUGAAAUAUUGGCGAUGCAUGAAACAAUUCUAAAAUGUCCAACACCCGGCUGUAAUGGUAGAGGGCAUGUAAGCUCGAAUCGGAAUAGUCAUAGAAGUCUCUCCGGUUGUCCAACGGCGGCAGCUAAUAAGGCAGCUGCUCGAGAGCAAAAGUACCAAAAUGGUUUCACUUAUCGCCAAAAGUCAGCACUUGCGGCAGUGAUGAAUUGUCAUCAAAUGACGGAUUAUCGGCCACUUUUAGCAUCAACAGAAAUUGACUCAAAAAAUCCAUUUAACAUCAAUUUCACAUCGAAUCCCCCCCAACCGAUCAAUCGGGUUUCAACAGGGGACGCAUACUUUUCACCACAACAAUCAACACAAAACGCUCAGUUUGAUCAGAAACCACAAGUUGAACAACAGAAUCAGACUGUGGAACAGAAUAAGAUUACAAAAUCGUCACAGAAACUUCCGGACCCAGCAAAAAAUACCCCUGUCUCAGUUAGCGUGAGUAUAAAUAGUAACAACAACAACAACAACAGCGCGAAGUGCAAUAACAACAACACCAACGCUAAUAUCAGCAAGUCAAUUGUGAAAUCAGAAAUUCUACCAUCAAUUAAAUCCGAACAUUCGGUGACGUGUAAAAGUCCUCCGCCACAGACGAAUCACAACUCGCAGGCGCAGCCUCCGUUAGCACAACCAAAGCCCUACGAUCCCUACAUGAAUCACGAUUCAAGUUCGAGUUCGAUGACAUCGGCAGACAGUGGGAGUCUCAACAAGUGUCCACCUAUUUCAAGUCAACCCUUGACUGGACUUCAGCAUGCCCAGAACAUGAAUGGGUACCUGGAGAUGCAUCAACACUCGCAGUUGCAGAACGCACAGAACUUGCCACAGAGGCCCUUUGAUAUGAUGUCCGUGCCACCGCCUAUGUCCAUUGAUGACCCUUAUUUGAGGGAACAGCAGAUCCGUUACUCGCAAAUGAAUGAUCUGAGUGGUUUGGCCAGGCCCACAGUCUCUUACAGCGAUAUUGGGGGCAAUCGAGGCGUACCCACGGGAUAUGAAUUAUCUGUUAACUCAAGUACACAUCGGCCAUAUGAUCCAGGUGUAGGACCUAUAACUACAGCUUUUGAGAGAUACGAUCCAAACUGUCCUCCACAACGAACCAAUAUGUAUCCGUACAUACAGCCCAGCAUGGAGGACAUCAACCAACAACAGAAGUAUCUACAGGAGCAACAUAUGGCUCAUGCUAUGAUGAAGCAAGAUGUAGAUGAGAACUCAGCACCUAUAUACCCUAGGCCUAUGUAUCACUAUGAUCCAUCGACAGGAACCCUUCCGCCGGGGUUUAGUGCGAUAAAUCUGUCUGUGAAAAUCGGAGCUCCGCAUCCAAUUCCACAAAAAGGUGGUGGGUCACCCUCACCAAAUGGUCCCGUCAUUGAUCUAUCAACAUCCAGUGUCACAUCGUCCAGUCCACAUGGGUUCAACUCACCCCACUACGGGGGUCAGCGUAUGCAAACCGGCAGUCCCCAGCCCGGUGCCAGUCCACACCACCUGGCGAGUCCCCAAGUGCCAAGUCCUCAAGGGCAAACACUUGACUUGAGUGUCAACAGAUUGCCUCACAGUGGUGAUACGAGUCCACAGUAUUCUGCCCAUCCGGAAGGGAUGGGUCAUCCCCAGAGUUUUGGUGGUACCCCACGCUCACCCCAAACGGAGCCAGUGGACUUCAGUGGUCCACCCAGACCCGUGGGCUUUGGUCUGGUGUACAGCCGGGAAUCCACGCCAGACAGUGGAGCCUCCCACUACAUGGAGAGCUACCGGGAUCCAAGUGGAUACAGUCCGCACCCGAGUGGCUAUGGCAUGGUAGUCCAGCCGGAAUAUCCGCCCACAGGCUACCCUAGUUACGCACCUAGCGCCUACCAGUGUAGUGGUCCGUAUGGCAGUGCUGUGGGUCCAGCUGGAUAUCCUACACCCGUUUCCGCCGGCUACUCACCUAGCACGACGUCUUGCUACGCGAUGCCACCGCCUCAGCACAUUCCGCAGCAUGACAAACCACUCACAAAAGACAGUUUAACUGGAUGUCCACGACCAGAUAGGACGCAAAUCCAAUCACAUUCCCAGGAACUCAAGUGUCCGACGCCAGGAUGUGAUGGUUCUGGUCAUGUCACUGGCAAUUAUUCAUCUCACCGAAGUUUGUCCGGAUGUCCUAGGGCCAACAAGCCAAAAAGCAAACCAAGAGACGGACAAGAUUCAGAACCACUCAGAUGUCCGAUUCCGGGUUGCGACGGUUCCGGCCACUCCACGGGAAAAUUUUUAUCGCACAGAAGUGCUUCGGGUUGCCCAAUAGCGAACCGCAAUAAAAUGCGCGUCUUGGAGAAUGGUGGGACCGUUGAGCAACACAAAGCCGCGGUGGCUGCAGCGACGGCAAUGAAAUUCGACGGGGUGAAUUGUCCUACACCAGGAUGCGAUGGCACAGGGCACAUCAAUGGUACCUUUCUCACCCAUCGAUCCCUCUCCGGGUGUCCAACUGCUGCUCAAGGCAUCAAGAAGCCCAAAUAUCCCGACGAUGUCACCAUGGUCUACCCCAAAGGAUACACGGGCAUGGAAAUGAUGAUGAACAGCAAUCCAAACGGCGAAGAUCUUAUGACCCUCGAGGCGGAAAUCACUGAGCUCCAACGCGAAAAUGCCCGAGUGGAGUCCCAAAUGCUUAGACUCAAAUCCGACAUCAACGCCAUGGAGUCACACUUGAAUCACGGCGAUAGGGAAAAUCAAAUAAUCUCUCAGAGGAACAGCAACUUGAAUGACUACUAUGAGAGUCUUCGGAACAAUGUGAUUACCCUGUUGGAGCACGUACGGAUCCCAAAUGGUGGACCACCAGAGAAAGUGGGUCAUGAGAAUUUCGACAGUUACCUGUCCAAAUUGCAAUCACUCUGCACACCUGAAGGCUAUUGCCCAGAUGAGAAUCGUCCCAUCUAUGAGACCGUCAAGUCGGCCCUCCAGGACUUCACUGUCCUCCCAACGCCCAUUUGAGAGGAACAUUGAAGGGGUUGGGACGAAGUUGAGUGAUUGAGAAGUUUUCAUGAUAGGAAGUAUUCAUUCACGUGUCACACAUUUAAGACUAAAUGAAUAAUUACAGGAACUAUUUAUACCUAAAUUAAUCUCAUUUCUAGACCAUAAGGCAAACAUUUUUAGAUAUUAAUUGUCAAUUGUAGAAUUUGGUUUUAUAAUAAGGUAGAAAUUUUAUCUGGAAAUGGCAGAGAAAUUUACGAUAAAAGAAAAAUUAGAAAUUACUCUUCUAUUUUAACUAAAACAAAAAAUGAAAGAAAGAAAAGAACUAAAUCGAUGUAGAUAAAGUGUGAUUAAUCUCUUUAUUUGAAAAUGAAUAAUAAAUAAAACUUAAUUUAGCUCUGAUGUAAAUAAUUUUUACUACAUGUAAGACUAUGCAGAAUUGCAAAUGAAAUAAAUUCAUUUAAACUACUAAUUGAAUGUAAAAGAUGAUAGAAUAUUUAAUAUGUGUCUAGUAUGACGUAAUGAGAGGGCUGAAUAAGGAGGAAUUAACUCCUAAAUUUGAUAAGUAACUAUAAUAGUAACAAUAUUACUUUGAUUUGUUUUAAAAUUAUCUUUUAAUGGUGCUUAGAAUGUAAAAGAAGUGGAAUAAAAAAAAUACCAAAGGUUUUUCAUUUUCGUUCUUUCCUAUUUAAAUAUUUUCUCUCUGUACAUAGUGUUUCGAUAGAAAAAAAAAAGAUCAGUUACUAUUGAAAGACAUCUUGUAAAUAUUUAUAAAGUGAAAAGGAAAAACAAAAUAACUCCAGAUAACAUAAAAAAAAUGUCAGUAGAGUAUCUACAAAAUGGAAAUAUGAUGAAAGACAUCCAAAAUUUAGAAAUUUGUAAGUGAAUAAAAUAGCUUGGAAAGUUCAGAAAAAAAUAUCUAUUAAAUACACAAUAAGUGUUUAAAACUGCAUUAUGUGGAUGACAUAUCAGUUUCUGUUUCUCAGUGUAAUAUUCAACUAAUUUUCACCUCUCACCGCAACCAACAAUCCAUCAUAUUUCCUUCUACGAAAAGUUAAUAGUGUGGAAAAAUGUAACUACAAAACACAGCACAAUGUAUUCGAAUGCAAAAGCAAGGAAAAGAACGUUGCAAGAACCACACAAAAACUUGUCAUUAGCCACAGUCUUUCACCAGAACGAUAUCCCCCAUAAGCCAAUGGACAUGUAGCAAAGAAAUGGGAUGAAAUUUUGAACAAGAUGUAUAUUAUUUUGUACGGAAAUGUGUUUUAGACGUAUAAUUCGCAUAUUGUCAUUUUCAUUAAAAAAAAACACUUUAUGUUCACACCUCAAAGAUACUUGUUACAUUUUUGUGAAUAAAUAACUAUACCGAAAAAUUAUAUAGGUAUUAAUAAAAUUCUCUGUAAUAAUUUA